AUGAACAAAUGGAGUUGGCUUUUUCUGCUUGCGGCUUACGUAACAGUGGGUGAUACUGCAGAACCAUUCAGACCACGUGAGGGAUCGACGCCAUUCAUUGUUUACUUCCGGUCACGCUACCGGGGCCUGUGCGUCGGCACGCUGGUGUCCAGGAGUGCAGCGCUGACGGCGGCCGUUUGCGUCACUCACCCGCUCACAGUGACAAAGGACACUCGGCCCAUUAACGUGAUUACAUCAACGCCCUACCGACACCCGCGACGUGGCAUCCGCGUGCAAGUGACGAAAAUCGUCAUUCCUAAAUGGGGCAAUGUUACGGCAAAUCGAGGCUACCUUAUGCAAAGGUCACCCGCACUUUUGCUACUCAUGCGUCAAGUACCAGAUGUCAUGGCUGAAGUGCCAAUGAGACCUAUCGGCAUUAACUUCAAUGGUGAUGAACUCCUGAACUUUCAUGAAGAGUGUGCGGUAAUUGGUUGGCAUUUCUUCUACAAAGAGGAUAAAAUAUUUCCAAGAAAAAAGUUCCUGUUGCAAAAGGACUUGAGAGUGCAGUUUGUCAACAUUGCAAAGAAGCAUUUGUGGUGCGACACGUUGUCGAUAACAUAUCAGAAAGCGCUACAAAAUCUCGGUUUCCUGGGAUAUUCCGAUAAGAGCGCAUAUAUAUGUAUCAGGGACCCGGAUAAAACUGCUCAACCCUGUCAUGGCAUGUAUGGAGCACCGCUUGUAUGUCGAGGUAAGGCAGUUGCAAUGAUGAUGGCGCCGGAUGCCCAGUGGACCAACUGUACUGGUUUCAGCAACAUCAUGCACAUGUUCAGAAGCUAUUUCUUAAGAAACUACAUGAAUUGUAUCAGCAGUCUUUUCAACCCGGAAUACAACUUGGACUGGUUGACAAUGAAGAAAUCAUUUUACGAGAAUGUCAAUGAGCCAGAAUACGACUACCUGCCCGAAUUAUACGACGCGAUUAUUGACGAUUCGGCAAGCACAGAACUGGAG